ACGUACAUACAUACAUGAUACAUACAUAUACUACCACAACAAACAAUUGCUUCUUUCUACAUAAGAAAAUCUCAGAUCCCACCCGCUCUCCAGUCCCAGUCCCAGUCCCAUCCCAAAAAGAGAGAGAAAAGCGUGGGAAAAAAACACAUUUUUAUCAGAUAUCGAGAAACCAACCGACAAGCUUGCUCCUUAUUUGCAGCUAAUCAAGGACAUCCCAGCAUCAAUAUUCCUUCUGACUGCGACUGAAAUUUUGUACUAAAAAUUAAUUUUUCAGAAUGUAAAAUAUAGUAUUGAAUUUGAUUGAAGAAGAAGAAGAAGUUGUUGGUAAUAUGGCAGGGGAGAAUGGGUUGGAAUUGCAGGAGGCGGCGGAGGGGAAGGGGAAGAGGAAGGGGAAGGAAGAGGCCAUCACAUCAAGAAGCCUUACAGUUGAAACAGAGGCAGAGGCCACCACUGACGCCGGCACACCAUCAAGUUCCGGCAGCACCAACACCAACACGAACACAAACGCAAACGCAAACACUGUUCCUUUUUUCAAGCUCUUCGCUUUUGCAGACUCUGCAGAUGUUGUGUUGAUGCUCUUUGGUACAAUUGGUGCUGUUGGGAAUGGUAUAUGCAUGCCCCUCAUGACUGUUCUUUUGGGUCAAUUAAUUGAUUCUUUUGGACAAAACCAAAACAACAAACAAGUGGUUCGAGUUGUUUCUCAGGUAUCACUGAAAUUUGUCUAUUUAGCAUUGGGGGCCGGUGUGGCAUCAUUUCUCCAGGUGGCUUGCUGGAUGGUAACGGGAGAGCGACAGGCAGCAAGAAUAAGGAGUCUUUAUUUGAAAACUAUAAUGAGACAAGAUGUUGCUUUCUUUGACAAGGAAACCAAUACUGGUGAAGUUGUCGGUCGGAUGUCAGGUGACACUGUUCUCAUUCAGGAUGCUAUGGGUGAGAAGGUUGGAAAAUUUACACAACUGUUGUCCACAUUUUUGGGAGGGUUUGUGAUAGCAUUAAUCAAGGGGUGGCUUCUUACACUUGUCCUGUUAUCCAGUAUUCCUGCACUUGUAAUAGCUGGUGGAGCCACCGCUAUCAUUGUAUCCAAAAUGGCAUCCCAUGCACAACAUGCUUAUGCCAAAGCCGCAACUGUAGUUGAACAGACUAUUGGCUCAAUUAGAACUGUUGCAUCAUUUACUGGGGAGAGGCAAGCUGUAAUUAAUUACAACAAAUCUCUUGUACAUGCUUACAAGUCAGGUGUUCAAGAAGGCUUGGCUGCUGGAUUUGGUUUCGGAGCAGUUAUGUUUGUCGCAUUCAGCACUUAUUCUUUGGCUAUAUGGUUUGGUGCAAAGAUGAUUUUGGAAAAGGGAUAUACCGGAGGUGAAGUGCUAAAUGUAAUUGUCGCUGUGUUGAGUGGUUCCAUGUCACUUGGGCAAGCAUCACCUUGUAUGAGUGCAUUUGCCGCAGGUCAAGCUGCAGCAUUCAAGAUGUUUGAGACUAUAGCUAGGAAGCCAGAGAUAGAUGCAUAUGACACUAGUGGAAAACAAGUAGAUGACAUUCGUGGGGAUAUAGAGCUAAGGAAUGUGUAUUUUAGUUAUCCAGCUAGGCCAGAUGAGCAAAUAUUCAGUGGAUUUUCACUUUUCAUCCCUAGUGGCACAACAACAGCUUUGGUUGGACAGAGUGGAAGCGGAAAGUCAACAGUAAUCAGUCUGAUAGAGAGAUUUUAUGAUCCACAAGCUGGUGAAGUUCUUAUAGAUGGUAUUAAUCUCAAAGAGUUCCAGCUAAACUGGAUUAGGGGGAAAAUUGGUCUGGUAAGCCAAGAGCCUGUGUUGUUUACGUGCAGCAUCAAGGACAAUAUUGCCUAUGGGAAGCAUGGUGCAACCACUGAAGAGAUUAAAGCAGCAGCUGAGCUAGCCAAUGCUGCUAAAUUCAUUGAUAAACUGCCUCAGGGACUGGACACCAUGGUAGGUGAGCAUGGGACUCAAUUGUCUGGUGGACAGAAGCAGAGAGUUGCCAUAGCCAGAGCUAUACUAAAAGACCCGCGAAUUCUACUCCUAGAUGAAGCAACAAGUGCACUAGAUGCAGAAUCUGAGAAGAUUGUCCAAGAAGCAUUAGACAGGAUAAUGGUCAACAGAGCUACUGUCAUUGUUGCCCAUCGCUUGAGCACAGUGAGGAAUGCCAACAUGAUUGCAGUGAUUCAGCAAGGGCAGAUAGUUGAAAAGGGCUCACACUCAGAACUACUCAAGGAUCCAGAAGGAGCAUACUAUCAGCUUAUAAGAUUACAGGAAGUGAACAAAGAUUCUAAACAAGUUGUAGUGGACCAAGACAAAUCAGAAUCUAUUAUCGAAUCGAGUAGGCAGUCAAGUCAACGGAUGUCAUUCCUACGUUCCAUAAGUCGUGGAUCCUCUGGGGCAGGAAAUAGCAGCCGCCACCAUUCAGUUUCAUUUGGUCUACCUACAGGUUUCAAUGUUCCUGAAACUGCAUUAACAGAAGCUGAAGCCUCGUAUCUACAACCGUCAGACAAGCCUCCGAAAGUCCCACUGCGACGACUUGCCUAUCUCAACAAACCAGAGGUUCCUGUGCUUAUAGCAGGAACUAUAGCUGCAAUUGUUAAUGGCUCAAUAUUUCCAAUUUUUGGUCUACUUCUUUCAACUGUGAUUAAAACGUUUUAUGAGCCACCUCAUGAAUUAAGGAAAAAUUCAAAUUUUUGGGCACUCAUGUUUGUUGUCCUUGGACUUGUAUCAUUAUUGGUAUAUCCAAUGCAGACGUUCUUCUUUUCUGUGGCUGGUUGUAAGUUGAUAAAAAAGAUCAGAUCAAUGUGUUUUGAAAAGGUGGUUCACAUGGAGAUCGGUUGGUUUGAUGAGGUCGAGCACUCAACUGGAGCGAUUGGAGCAAGGCUCUCUGCAGAUGCAGCUACUGUACGGGCUUUAGUUGGAGAUACACUUGGUCAGCUUGUUCAGGACUCUGCAACAGCAGUUGCAGGAUUGGCCAUUGCUUUUCAAGCAAGUUGGCAGCUGGCGCUAAUUAUCCUUGCUUUGAUACCUCUGAUAGGAUUGAAUGGUUUUGUUCAACUGAAGUUCAUGACAGGGUUCAGUGCAGAUGCAAAGAUGAUGUAUGAAGAAGCAAGCCAAGUUGCCAAUGAUGCUGUUGGAAGCAUAAGAACAGUUGCUUCUUUCUGUGCGGAAGAAAAAGUGAUGGAAUUGUACAAAAAGAAAUGUGAAGGACCUAUGAAGACAGGGAUAAGGCAAGGAUUGAUUAGUGGGAUUGGUUUUGGGCUGUCUUUUGCCUUGCUGUUUUGUGCCUACGCAGUCAGUUUCUAUGCUGGAGCACGGCUAGUUGAGGAUGGUAAAACAACAUUCUCAGAUGUUUUCCGCGUUUUCUUUGCUCUGACCAUGGCAGCCAUUGGAAUUUCUCAAUCAAGUUCCUUAGCCCCUGAUUCUACUAAAGCCAAGACUGCUGCUGCUUCAAUAUUUGCUAUUCUUGACAGGAAGUCUAAGAUAGACCCAAAUGAUGAGUCCGGGAUGACUUUAGAGAGUGUAAAGGGAGAAAUUGAGCUUCGGCACAUAAGCUUCAAGUACUCAACUAGGCCAGAUGUUCAGAUUUUCUGUGACCUCAAUUUGACUAUUCAUAGUGGCAAGACGGUAGCUCUGGUGGGAGAAAGUGGAUGCGGGAAAUCAACAGUGAUAGCAUUGUUGCAAAGAUUUUACGAUCCUGAUUCAGGUCAUAUUACUCUAGACGGAAUUGAGAUUCAAAGGUUGAAAUUGAAAUGGCUCAGGCAGCAGAUGGGUCUGGUGAGCCAGGAACCUGUCCUGUUUAACGACACAAUACGUGCAAACAUUGCAUACGGAAAGGAUGGAAUUGCAUCAGAGGCAGAAAUUUUAGCUGCAUCAGAAAUGGCAAAUGCCCACAAGUUCAUUAGCGGGUUACAACAGGGGUAUGAGACGGUAGUAGGAGAGAGAGGAGUGCAAUUGUCAGGGGGGCAGAAGCAACGGGUGGCCAUAGCUCGGGCAAUGGUGAAAAGUCCGAAAAUACUACUGCUAGAUGAGGCAACAAGUGCGCUGGAUGCAGAGUCGGAGAGGGUGGUUCAAGAUGCAUUAGACAGAGUGGUGGUGAAUAGGACAACAGUGGUAGUGACACAUAGAUUGUCCACAAUCAAGAAUGCAGAUGUAAUAGCGGUGGUGAAGAAUGGUGUGAUCGUAGAGAAGGGAAGGCAUGAGACUCUCAUCAACAUCACUGAUGGUUUUUACGCCUCCUUGGUAGCACUUCACAUGACCUCUUCAUCCUAGCCAAACCACACUCAUCUAGACCUCCCUCCCUCUCUCUCUCUCUCUCUCUCUCUCUCUCUCCCCUUUCUUUCUUUCUUUUCAUGGUUUUUUGGCUUCAGCUUUGAUAUAAAUACUAUUUUCCAACCUUCUUUUUUUUUAUUUUGUUUCUUAGGUUGACUUUGAUCUUUGGGAUAAAAGAUUGGUGAAAUGUCUGUCAAAAAAAGGAAAAAAAAAAUAUUCUGGUUUCUGCAUUUGGUAAUGGUUAGAUGACUUCUUUCAUCUGAAUGAAUAUUUUGAAUAGCAAGAUAACAGCUCAAACAAAGCUCAUUGAUGUUUUGAUCUUCUUCUA